AUGGAUACGCAUGAUGCAAAGCCUCUCAUUGUCAACAAGGGUGCUCCUGGAAUCUCAUACUUCACACCCGCUCAAUCGCCUCCUUCGGGCACAGCCAAGAACCCUCAGUCCGAUGGUAGUGCGAUUCCCAAGCUCUUCCAGCCUCUGACCAUUCGCGGGGUCACUUUCCAGAACCGGAUUUUUCUGUCGCCCUUGUGCCAGUAUUCCGCCCAGAACGGCUAUCUGACUGACUGGCACUUGGCUCACCUUGGUGGCAUCAUUCAGCGAGGUCCGGGUCUCGCACUGGUCGAAGCAACGGCAGUCACCCCGGAAGGCCGAAUCACCCCCGAGGACAGUGGUCUUUGGGAAGAUGGUCAAAUGGGCCCCUUGAAGAGAAUCGUCGAGUUUGCGCACAGCCAGAGCCAAAAGAUCGGUAUCCAGUUAGGCCAUGCUGGUCGCAAGGCCAGCACUGUUGCCCCAUGGCUGAGUAGGGGUGAUACUGCUCAGAAGGAAGCCGGCGGCUGGCCUACUGAGACACUUGCUCCGAGCGCCAUUGCCUUCCAGGAUACCUACCCUCAUCCCAAUGCUCUCACAAUCGAGGGCAUCCAAAGAAUCAAGACUGCCUUUGUGGCCGCUGCCAAGAGAGCCGUAGAGGUUGGAUUCGACGUCAUCGAGAUCCACGGCGCUCAUGGCUACCUCAUUCAUGAGUUCCUCAGCCCAAUCAGCAACAAGCGAACCGAUCAAUAUGGCGGAUCCUUUGAAAACCGGACACGAUUGCCCCGAGAAAUUGUCGAGGCUGUGAGGGCUGUGAUUCCCAAGGAUAUGCCGCUCUUCUUCCGAAUCAGCGCGGACGACUGGUUGAAGGGUCAAGACGAAUUCCCAGAAAGCUGGACCGUUGACGAGACAAUUAAGCUGGCCCCGGUUUUGGCUGAGUUGGGCGUGGACUUUCUCGACACAAGUUCGGGUGGCAUCCACCCUGCCCAAAAAAUCAAAGGGGGACCAGGCUAUCAAGCCCCAUUUUCAGUGGCUGUGAAGAAAGAAGUGGGAGAUUCUUUGUUUGUUGGAGCCGUUGGGUCCAUCACAACAGGAACUCUAGCACAAGAACUUCUUGACCAAGGCCUGGAUGCCACUUUUGUGGGACGGUAUUUCCAGAAGAACCCAGGCCUUGUUUGGACCUUUGCCGAGGACCUUGGGGUCGAGAUUCACGUUGCGAACCAGAUUUCGUGGGGCUUUCAAGGCCGGGCGGGUGGUAAAGGGAAGCAGGAGCUGAAGUCGGCUCGAUAA